UAGUUUUCACCAACGUCCUCUCUAUGGGAACUAGUACGAGUUGUGAAAACUCUCUUUACAGAUUCGUCCAACUCCCAAUCGUAAGAAGAUAUAACCAUGUCUGGUAGAGGUAAAGGAGGCAAAGGCCUUGGAAAGGGCGGUGCAAAGCGUCACCGCAAGGUUCUCCGCGAUAACAUCCAGGGUAUCACAAAGCCCGCUAUCCGCCGCCUUGCUCGCCGUGGUGGUGUGAAGCGUAUUUCUGGCCUUAUCUACGAGGAAACUCGUGGGGUGUUGAAGGUUUUCCUGGAGAAUGUGAUCCGUGAUGCUGUCACCUACACCGAGCACGCCAAGAGAAAGACCGUGACCGCUAUGGACGUCGUUUAUGCUCUGAAACGCCAGGGACGUACUCUGUACGGGUUUGGUGGUUAAAGAUCAGAUCUCUCCCUUAACUUUGACCAAAAGGCUCUUUUAAGAGCCACCCAAUUAAUUUUAAAAGCUUUAUGCCAAGGGUAAUGCGAGUUAUGAAUUCAACUAACGCCCCGUUUCCAA